AUGAGCUCCAUUGAGAAGUUUGUGAACCAGCAGCCACUAAUAGUUCACUCAUCGUUGGCCCAGCUGCGAUAUUUGGUGCUCAGCGAAGGCCUCCCGCCUCCAAAAGACAGGUCGUCAGUGAGAUUGAGAUGCAGUGUGUGGUCGGUUCUUGCAAGAUGCUCAAUGGAUGGAGCCACGUCUGAUUACAUCUCACUAGUACGAAGAGGACCCCCACCAUCUCCAGUUUACUCUAAAAUAAAAAACGACACAUUUCGAACACUCAACACAGAUCCACAAUUUGUAGCGUCAGUUUCGGAAGAUGCAAUUACCAGAUGUUUAUCGUGCUUUGCUUGGUCAGUCAUCGAUAACUCUGACGAGAAUAUGGAUAUCAGUACUUACGUACAGGGCAUGAAUGUUUUGCUAGCACCAAUUUUAUACAGCAGCCCAUCCGAACCCAUGGCAUACAAACUAUUUCAGUCGCUUUGCCAAGAUCACAUAAGGACAUACUUGAACCAAAGUCUUACAGGAGUUCAUAACGGCGCCAAAUUACUGGAUAUGUGCCUCAAGAUCAUCGAUCCGAAACUUAGCAAAUUUUUGACAGACAACUUACUAACGGCAGAAAUUUACGGUAUUCCGUCAGUACUGACGCUUUCAAGUUGCACCAAACCACUCGAUCAAGUCUGCAAGCUGUGGGAUUUUAUGUUUGCAUACGGGUUUCACAUGAACAUCCUCUUUAUUGUUGCGCAGCUUGUCGUUAUUAGAACUCGAAUUAUGAAGAGCAAUUCACCCAUGAAUUUACUACGUGUAUUCCCUGAAUUUGAUGCAGAGGAAAUUAUACGACUGGGAGUUGGCUUCGUGGCCAAGUUACCAUCUGGCAUGUAUGAUUUACUUGUAGAGCAUCUCCAGAAUCCGGAUCUUGCCAUCCGAUAG